AUGCCCCUCAUCCCUGACGACGCCAAUUUGAUGUCGCACCAUAACUUUUCCUCCCCACCAGAACGAUUGGUAACCAGGAGCACACCGGCGUCGGCAGUUCACAGUCGGGAGGCCUCCGCUGUUAGAGGACGCCCGGCCGACCUAUCCGCGCUAACCCCUUCGACGCUUCAACCGCAGAACAACCGCCGGGGCCAGUCCCAUUCCAAAAGUCCCGAAACCUCGUCCGGACGCCCCGGUGCUGGCUACGAUGCCGGCCUCGAACGACGCACGUCGAACUCGUACGGCCACCACCGACAGACCUCCAUCGUACACGGCGUGCAACACUCCCGAAACCCCAGCCACGCCAACUCGUCCGGUUCAAAUAAUCCUCUGAGUCCGGAAUUGAUCACGUCGCUUGCUCGCAGUGGUGGAACCGGGAUGGAACAAGACAAUGUCGCGCGGAUGGAGCAGUCGGAUGCGCACCCUGGUGCGAACGGGACGACCCAUCCGUUGCAGGGGACACUGAGCACCAUCGCGGAUCAGGAUUCGGAUGGGCUCGCGGCUGGGAGUCCCGCGCACACGUUCCAUAGGAGGAUGAAUUCGAGUGGGAAGUCAUGGCGCGACCGAUCCCAUAGCCGCUCGCAGUCGAGGCACCACCACUCCGAAUCCAAGACGGUGGGGGAAUAUGCGUUACACCAUCUGUUCAACUCGUUUGUGGGCCAGGCGGACAACAAGAUCAAUCAAGCCAUCAUGAAGUUGGGGGAGUCCGACGCCCCCGUGGAAGAGGUAUGCGGACCAGGCGCCGAUGCCAGCUUUGACCAAUUGAUAUCGGCAUUGGGCCAUAUUGCACGGCAAAAGCCGAAGCCGUUGAUUGAUACCAUCAUGCUUUGGCGCAAGGCCAAAGGCGAUUCCGCUAUCAUGGCAAAGCAGAUCGCCACUAAUCAGUCAAAAAUGGCACCCCCAGAGAACGGCCUUCUCAUCAGGCGAAAUACCGAACCUCCCCAGUCCGCUGCGGAGUCAACUACGCAUACUGAUACUGCCACCCCCCCCAAUUCCCUUCUUUCCAGACAUGAUGAUGUCGUACUGGCAGAACGGCGCGCGACAGUCUCGGUAUACCUGGUCUGCAGAGUCUUAAUGGAGAUAUUCAACCAGAGUAGUCUUGCUUCUAUAACCAUCGACAUGGCAGACCGGUUGGAGGAUAUCGUGUUUGGCCAGCUCAAAACCGUGGAUCCCGACCAGAUCGCGGCAUCCAGGCUGCGCAUGGCGAACUGGCGGAUCUAUGCUCAGCUUCUGGGGAUCAUGAGCGACUCGAACUUCGUGAGUGUCACGAACCGAUUCGUGGCUGAACUGGAGAAGCACCAAAAGGACGACUCUCUCCGCGGGCCCUCGAAGGAAGGCGACUCCAAGGCCGAACUCUUGAUUUUUGGAAUGAGGCACAUUCGGAUUGGCAUCAACUCCGAAGCAUGGCCUAAAUCGUGUGACUUUCUGCGGGCGCUGGCGCGCUUGUUUGUCAGUUCUCAUGGACAGCGGGUGAAGCAGGCUUAUUGCUAUAUCCUUGAGAAGCUACUUCUUCCCGUCGCGGCAAAUCCUAGUUGUGAUUUAUCGCUACCUAGGUGGAAGGAGUUCCUAGAGCUGGUCCAGCCGCGAUUGUCGCAGAUGCUGGCCAAACCUCGCCAUUGGGCUGCGUCUUUCCCUCUCUAUGUUCUACUGCUCUGCGUGUCGCCGAAGGAGAAUUUCUCCUCUCAAUGGCUUUCAGUCAUCCAGAGUCUGCCGGCUAGGCUGAAGGACCGUCCUACCCGAGGCCCAGCUCUCCAGGCCAUGUGUCGUCUCCUGUGGACAUAUUUUUUCCGCUAUUCGGAGUCGCCGACCGCGACACUUCGCAAAGUCGAAGAAGUCUCCAGGAUAGCGCUGCCCCCUGGCAAACGGACAUACUUAAGCACGGAGCCAUCAGUCGCGGAUCCUUUGAUCCACCUGGUGCGUAUGAUCGGGUUUAAGCAUCCAGAUGUUUGUUUCCGCAACAUUAUAUUCCCCCUGAUCAACUCGGAUCUCUUCUCGUCCCCGAAGGAACUGAAGAUCGAGCAAAUGGAACCGGAGAAGAUGGUUAUUGGAAUCAGGUCUUUCCUGUCCAUCCUGACUGAUCUGGAGACCUGCGACCAACUUUGCCCUCCGGUCCCAACCGGUUCUAUCCCCAACCCGUUCACCGAUGUUUCGACCGCUACGUACUCACAUAGACCGCAUUUUGUUGCCGACCUACGAUCGCCGAAUGUACUGGAGAGUCGAGAAGAGGGAUUGUCGCAUGCCGUCAACAUCGCAAGACUGAGUGACAACGUUAAGGGUGCCUACGUCCGGUUCUGCGAGAUUCUCGGUAAAAUCACGCUCCUGUGCGACAACACCUUCGGCGGCCAGGCGGCGCUGGAUGAGAAGUUCGGCGGUGUAACACCGAAAACACCCAUAUCGGAAGCGUUCAGCUUUGGGAGACGCGAUGAUCAUUUCAGCGCGGGAGAUCAAAAGCAAGGCUUCUAUGACCUGCUUCACGUGGCUGUCCAAGCGCUCCCACGCUGCCUGUCGGAUCACAUCCCGUUCAACUCCUUGAUCAAUCUACUCUGCACCGGGACGGCUCAUAUCCAAUCCAAUAUUGCCUUCUCGUCCGCGGAGUCGCUGAAGGCCAUCGCCCGGCAGUCUCACGCACAGCCGGUUACCAUUGGCUUUGCCCGAUUCAUUUUCAAUUUCGAUGCUAGGUAUUCUACAAUGUCAGACGAAGGCAUGUUGGGACCAGGCCACAUUGAGUCUACUCUGCGACUCUAUGUUGAGCUGCUGAGGAUUUGGAUAGAUCAGAUCAAGCAAAAGACCAAGGGUGCAACCCAGGACUCAAAUGAAAAGGGCAAUGGCUCUGGAAGCCGUGCGUUACACCUCGAUCUUUCCACCGUUCUGACACAUGUCGAGGAGAUCGAGUCCCACGGUCUAUUCUUCUUAUGUUCCCAGUCCCGAAGAGUCAGGUCCUUUGCGAUCACAGUGCUGCGUCUCAUCACCGAAUUCGACAGCGCCCUCGGGAAAGACCACACCAGGAUCAUUAGGAUCCUCGAGGCCGACUCUCAACAAAUCUUGGAUGUCAACGACGAGCAGCUCACAGUUGCGGAGAGGAGUCGGAUCCAAAAGGGCAAGCGCCGAAGCGCCGCGCAAAAUACCCUGAUUGAGAUUUGCAGUAGCGAGGUGUCGUAUGACUCGACCUUGUGGUCCAAGGUCUUUCCCAACAUCAUCCGAAUCAGCUUUGAGACCUGUCCGUUUGCCGUGACUUUGGGACGAGAGAUUGUCUGCGCGAGGCUUGUUCUGAUGCACAAAGCGGUCAGCGCGCUGGCGGAAAGCCCUCAGAACCCUCAUUAUGGGCCCGUGGAAUCUGCCCAAACGCGCGUCUUCGGGCGCAACAACAUGACGGCCGAAAUUCUUGUCGAACAAUGGAAGUUAUAUCUGGUGAUGGCCUGUACCACGCUGAAUAGUGUCGGUGCACAGUCUCAGAGCCAACUAGCGAAUGCCCAGCACGUGCGGAAGUCUUCCAAGGGAGCGCAACCGUCACAGGACAAGAUCAAUUCGGCGAGAAGUCUCUUUGCAUUUGCGAUCCCACUUCUGUCCGCCGAACGAGGCUCGAUUAGACAUGCCAUUGUUGUCGCCUUGGGCUCGAUAAACAAGAAUCUCUAUCGAACACUCCUCGAGUCCUUGCAGUAUGCUGUCACAACCUGCAACGAAGAAGCCAAACUUCGCAUUGGCCAGCAUUACCGCACCCCCAGUAGCCCGAGACGGAAUCGCAAGACCGACAGACUGCGGACCGAAGUAACGUACGUAUACAAGCUCACAUCGCACUUUCUGCAGGAACCAGAAGUGUACAAUGACGACUGGAUUGUCAACAACCUCGUUACCUAUGCGAAGGACCUUCGAAUAUUCUUGAGCGACUCGGAAGUGCAGAAUGAUUGGGGGUUCCAGCGGCUCCGAUUUCACUACUGUGGGCUGAUGGAGGAGCUUUUCGAAGGGGUAAAUCGUACCAAAGACCCUUCCCGCUGGAUGCCGUUCGAAUCCAGAAAAUCGGCAUUCUCAUUGAUGGAAGACUGGUGCGGCUACUCGCCGAACCAAGCCCAGAUCUCUCAAAGAGAGGAGCACAUGCGCAAGGUCGCGCUCGCCCACAAUCCAAGUGCUGGGGCUGCCAUGGAAAUUGAAAAGAAGAAUCUCCGUGCAGCAGCCCUGAGCGCGAUGGCGUCUUUAUGCGCGGGCCCCAUAAGCAUCACCACUGAAAGUGGCUCUCUAUUGCAGUUCGAUGUGGGGCGCAUGCUCUCAUGGAUUCAUAUCAUCUUCAAAACCCUCAGCGACAAGUGGCAUGCGAUUGGCAGACGGGCUCUGAAGAACCUCAUCAUUCAUAACAAAGAACAUCCUUACCUGCUGGAACGAUCGAUUGAAAUGUGCUAUGUCACAGAGCAGACGAAAGCCUUGGAGAGCUAUUUUGAGGUGGUAUCCGAGGUACUGAUUGAGAACUCUGAUUAUUCGGUGGGCUUUUGGAAGGUUCUAGGCGCUGUCCUUGUCACGUUGGGUAACCAGAAGCGCGAGAUAAGGAUGAAAUCGGCCAAGCUCCUUCGUAUUCUGGAAGAGCGUCAACAAAAGAACUGCAAGCUGCAGGAUUUUGAGAUCAGCAUAUCGGACAAAACUACCGCUAUCUACAAGCUUGCACAGUUUGAGACAUCCAAGCGACUGGCAAAACAGCACUCCGACUUGGCGUUCACGCUUUUCUCUGAAAUUUCCUUGCAUUUCAAGGCCCUCCAACCAGACAGCCAGCGUAACAUGGUUGCUGCUAUCCUUCCAUGGGUACAGACUAUGGAGCUACAAGUCGAUCCCAAUGGCGGACCCACAGCGCGGUCCUACAUGCUUUUGGCAAAUCUAUUUGAGAUAACCAUCCGCUGCAGUACUAUCCUCCCUAACGAAGUUCAGGCUCUGUGGCAAGCCUUAGCGACAGGGCCGCACGGCGGAAAUGUUCAGUUGGUUCUUGAUUUCAUCAUCAACCUUUGUCUAGAGCGCAAAGAACAGAACUUUGUGGAGUAUGCAAAGCAAGUCGUUGUCUUCCUGUCAGGGACGCCCGCCGGGUCCAAAGUGAUCCAGUUCUUCCUAAUGCAGGUGGUGCCCAAAAACAUGGUCCAGGAGAGAAAGGAUACUACACCCACGCCGCCGGAUCUCAAGAGCUUGCCUUAUGUUGCUGAGCUUGGCGAUGUUCUCCACAUGGGGAACAAGCAGGCCGGCCUUUCGCUAGGCCAGAUUGCCCUCAUUUUCCUUGUGGACUUGAUGGUCGCUCCGGUCACGUUGCCCUUAGAAGACAUAGUCAAACUGGUUCACGUUGUUCUUGUUCUGUGGGAUCACUACACUGUUACCGUGCAGGAGCAGGCUAGGGAAAUGCUGGUACAUCUGAUCCACGAACUGAUAUCUGCCAAGAUCGAAGAUAGCGCACCUGCUGGGACUCGAGCAUCACUUGAAGACUUCGUGGAACUCAUCCGCAAGAGUGACCCCAAGGUUGUGUGGGAGUAUGAGGACAGCAACGAUGAAGAUGAUGGAGAAGACGACAACCGUGUUCCUUCCAGUAUGGUCAGCGUGACCCGCCAAGUCAUCAAUGUCUUUAGCCUAGCGUACGAAGGCAUCAAUGAUCUUUGGGCGAAGGAGGCCUUGAACUGGGCAACUUCGUGCCCCGUACGGCACUUGGCUUGCAGAUCAUUCCAGGUGUUCCGCUGCAUAUCCAUGUCUUUGGACUCUAGGAUGCUCGCAGAUAUGCUAGCCCGUCUGUCGAACACCAUUGCAGACGAGGAAGCGGAUUAUCGGACAUUCUCCAUGGAAAUUCUCACGACUCUCAAGAUAAUCAUCAGCUCCUUAGCCCCGGCCGACCUUCUCCGCUAUCCACAACUGUUCUGGACCACCUGUGCGUGUCUGAAUACUAUUCAUGAAACAGAGUUCAUCGAAAGCCUGGGGAUGCUGGAGAAAUUCAUGGACCGAAUCGACCUGAGCGAUCCCGUGGUCGUUGCGGAGCUCAUCAAGGGCCAGCCUGCUAAGUGGGAAGGCGGCUUUGGCGGACUUCAGGCUUUGGUCUACAAAGGACUCAAGUCUUCGGAGUCCCUCAACCGGACGCUAGAUAUCCUGCACCGCUUGAGCGCUCUGCCAAGUAAUGAGCUCAUAGGUGAUGGGAAUAGACUGCUUUUCACGAUCUGGGGCAACCUGUCUCAUUUCCUUCAUCAUUUCGAUUCGUCCUUUGAUGACCCCAAGACUCUUGCCAGAGCUACGUUGCUGGCGCGUGUCGCAGAAGGCGAAGGGUAUCCACGGCUUGCGGCCUCUCUUCUCGGGUUUGCCAAUGGUCAGUAUAAAGCGGAGGAUGAUUUCUUGAGCCACAUUAUCACCGAAGUCCGUUCGUAUUACUUUCCACGACAGGAUGUCUCCAGUCUGAUCUUCUUGAUGGGCUUGUUGACGAACACAACCGACUGGUUCCGCAUCAAGAUCAUGAAAAUCCUCUGUGUGCUGAUACCUGAGGUCGACAUGCGACGGGGAGAAGUCACCUGUCAUGGUCCUGACUUGAUUUCUCCUCUCCUACGGCUGUUGCAAACCAACCUCUGCCCCCAGGCUCUGCAAGUCUUGGACAAUAUAAUGACUGUCUCCGGAAAUCCUAUGGAGCGCCAUCAUCUUCGCAUGAGUAUGGCUUCUUCGACCUCCUCGCGAGCCAUCCGGAAAGAGUACGAGCGCAUCCAGAGUCUCUACGGCAUACCGGAACCUACUGGGUGGUCUAUCCCCAUGCCAGCGGCUCAAUCAAGCACCACCCGCCACAACGUUCAUGCGGUAUUCUACACUUGUGCCGAGGUGGAUCGUGUAGAAGUGCAGGAGACCGCUCCACCAGAGGUUGAGUUCCACGCGGACGAUUACAACGACUCCUUCCCGAUGCGGGCAGACACCAUGAAGUCUAUCGACACACAGGCCGAUGGUAACAUAGGCGAUAUUGUCCAGAAGCUCGACAGCUUGGAUGACUUCUUCGAAGACACGGAUAUGGAUAUGAUCGAUUUGGAUCAUGCUUUGCCCGAAUCAACCAUCCGGAAUUUCACUGGUGCCUAUGCCGACACGAGCGCCAACCUGUACGACCAGCAGACCGCGCCCAUUCUGCGAAAGUCGCUCGCGCGAACUGCGUCGUCAUCAUCCUUCCACAACGGCCUGGCUGAAUCGCGUAUGGCCGAGUCUCGUCUGGCUGAUCCCCGCCCGUCGAACAUCCGUGCGGACAGCGCCCCUGGACCUACUCAUAAUGCAGCGCCUCCGGGGGUGCGGUCUCCCGGCGAACUGACGCCUCAGGCGUCCAACCAAACGUUACGCGCUUCAUCCCACACCCGCUCCGUCACCUCACCAGUCAACCAUCUAUUCUCUCAGACCCCAGGGGCAGCUGGGGCCCCGGCCACAUCUCAUCCAUAUGCCACUCCCCCAAUGGGGUUCAACGAGUCGGCGUUCUUUUCCGACGACGAAACAGAAGAAGGGCUGUACGACACCGACGGGCGGCUCGCCAACAGCCGGUUGCCGGUCCCCCAUUCGAUCAUCCACCCGCGCAAUGGCGAUGGAUCUUCCUCGUUCGAGUCUAUGAUCCGCAGCGGCAUGAGACGGUUAACCGGCGGCGCAGCCAACAACCGGGAGAAAGAGCGACAGCGUGAGCUCGUCCGAUCGCAGCAACGGACAGUCAUGGGUCAGCAAGCUGGGAGUUCACCACGAGUGCCUAAGGUUCCUCAGGAGUAUCUCAACCAGGGGCCAACGAGUAACCCGACCUCCCCGGGACAAUGA